GAGACGUGUCGACUCAAUCCUCACAAUAAAACUACUCUCACACAUUUCGGCAAAACCGAUCUCAACCCAAUCAAUAUAACCAACCCAAUAUCUUAAACUUUUGUUUAGCCAUGGCUGCUCUUAUCCCCAUUCUCCAACCCUUCUUCUCUUCAACCACUGAACCUCAAACACCAAUCUCCGCUCAAACCUCCGACAACCUCCCUCGCACUCUCUCUCGUCGCGGCGCCGUUUCUCUCUCCUCCGUCACUCUCCUCCUCUCUCUCUCUCCGAUUGAUCCCGCUUUUGCCUUCGGAAUCUCAGGACCUAAAGAAUGGUUGAAAGAUCAGAAGAAGAAGUCAUCGAGGUUCUUGUUAGCUCCCAUUGAUGCAUCUCGUGAAAGCCUCCGCUCUGUUUAUCUUUCGCUCACAACUAGAGAAACUGAUUACACGGAUAAAGAUUUGGAGAGCCUUCAGAAUCUGUUAAGGUCUUCUGCUAGAGACUGUGUACCUAAAGAGAGAAGUUCUCUGGUGGAUUUUCAGUCUAAAACCGGAGUUGAGGUUUGCACAUUCAAGCUUGUUGUGAAGAAUGCUGCUUCAUUACUAGAUGAUAAAGAUCCACUCAAAGUGGAAGCAGAGGAUAUACUAAAUGAUCUCAUUAGGUCCUUUGGUUCCCUCAUCGUGCUCACGAAUGGGAUUGAUAUGAAUCUUCCUUCUGAUAGAAAAAAUAUUUCGGAUGCAGUUAUGGAGUCGAUCUCUUUUCUUGACAAAUUUGAAAAGAGUGUCAAGGACUGCCUUGAGAUCUGAGAUGAAGUCUGUUCUUUUCUUCUCGAAGGUUGAAUCGAAGAAGUGUAAACUCCUCGUGGCUGUUUAGUGGUAGCAACAUACAAUUGUCCAAAAUGAAAACAUGUUGUUUUAUAUUAAUUUAAUCAUAUGUUUGAUGCUGAGCUUCAUUCGUUACUUAAAAGUCGUUUUGAGUUACAGUAAGGAAGAAAGAUUACCCCAUGAAAGGCCUUCUUUCUUCCUUUCAGUUUAUAAGGAGAUGAGAAAUUUAA